AUGGCCACAAUUGCCUCAACUCCCAUGUCAGCUCGCUCAGAAGGCAACAGAAUCACAGCGUCGAGUGCUAGCCGAGCAACCAACUUUCUCUUGCUCUCAUACGAAGUGCGGCAGGCGAUUUACCAAGCAGUAUUCGUCCAGGACCACCCAAUCUCCCUCCAGUCUUUCAAUGGCCACCUUGUCUCCAGAUAUCCAGAAGACAUCAACCUCGCCGCCCUUCUACUCUGCAGAGAAGUCAGUCAUGAAGCCCUGCAAGUCCUGUACACCCAAAACUACUUCAUCCUCCACUGGGGCAGUCUCUGCUAUGGACCUCCUCUCAACCAGACCUUCAGCGAAUGGCUCAAAUACCUCGAAAUUGACUGCUCUGCCCGCUCUACUGGCUUCAAUAGCGAGAAGCAGCAGAAAGAGGCCAAAGAGCAGGAGUUGAAGGCUCUACAAGACCAACAAAACACCCUGAAGGAGCAGGCAAAGGACUACCCAGCCCUGGCCCGGAAAGAACAUGUGACCAUUUCAUUCCCUCAGCAGCAGAUCACCGAAGAGAUGCACGGUCAACUCGACGACCACAGCCUGCACAAUUGA